CUUUGUAAAUCCUUUUAUUUCUUAAACCAUUUGCGCGUUUUUGUUAGUCUUCUCGCCGUCGCCGUCGCCGUCGCCCUCGCCAAUUCGAUCCAUCUACACAGCUUCCGAGAGCCUUAGAAGGGCCACACAGUCGCAAAGAGCAUGGGGCUAACUUUCACGAAGCUAUUCAGCCGGCUUUUUGCCAAGAAAGAGAUGCGUAUUCUGAUGGUCGGUCUUGAUGCUGCUGGUAAGACUACCAUCUUAUACAAGCUCAAGCUUGGCGAGAUUGUCACGACAAUUCCUACAAUUGGAUUCAAUGUGGAAACAGUGGAAUACAAGAACAUUAGCUUCACUGUUUGGGAUGUUGGUGGCCAGGACAAGAUCCGUCCAUUGUGGAGGCACUAUUUCCAAAACACUCAGGGUCUUAUUUUUGUGGUGGAUAGCAAUGACAGAGAUCGAGUUGUUGAGGCGAGGGAUGAGUUACAUAGGAUGCUGAAUGAGGAUGAGUUGCGAGAUGCUGUCUUGCUUGUAUUUGCUAACAAACAAGAUCUUCCCAAUGCAAUGAAUGCUGCGGAGAUUACUGAUAAGCUUGGUCUUCACUCUCUCCGUCAACGCCACUGGUACAUCCAGAGCACUUGUGCAACCUCUGGUGAGGGCCUUUAUGAGGGGUUGGAGUGGCUUUCCAACAACAUUGCCAACAAGGCCUGAAGAAAUAGAGGAUUGCUGAUCGAUGGAAGGGCUUUUCUGGAUUCAGGCGUAAAUAUUAUCUAGUUCUUUGUUUUUGUUUUCAUUCUGAGAAAAGUGGUCAUGUGGUUGUACUAAUGACUUAAGAUCGAAGAUCUUUUUUUUCUGUAGGACUUUUGGUAUAAAUGUUGUAAUAGGUGGAUGGAUGAUUGGAUAUACUUAUAAGCUUUUGCCUUGGGUUUGAAUAUACUGCUUUAGCUAA